GCCCGCUGCGGAAACCCACCGGCGAGAGAGGUUUAAGGGUGUUGCCUCCCUCCUUCUUGACCCUGAGGAAGGAACCAUGCUGGGCCAGGAGGGCUGCAGCAGAGGAGGAGGCCUCUCUCUGACCAUCGCCCAAGUCGUGCAGCGCCUGAAGGGCUCCGGGCUCCACUCCCAGCUGGAGAGACAGGCCCGGGUUCCCUUUACCAUAUCAUCCAUCAGCACCGCCGGAACACAUAAAAGAAUCUUUGGCUUACAUGAGAAAAGCCCAGGGCAACUGGGAAAAACGAAUUCUGAAGAGUCUAAAUAGUAUGUGCAAUGAACUCGGCAUUCCUUUAGCACAGAAGAGAUCAAUGAAUGAGCAAAAAGAACUUCUCAGUAAAUGGAAUGAAAUGGGAACAGAUGAGCCAGAUCUCAGUCUUUUUCGGCCUGUCUAUGCACCUAAAGAUUUUCUUGAGGUAUUGAUGAACCUUCGCAAUCCAAAUUAUGAAAACAGUGAGCAGCCUAGUUUUAGAAACCACUUGGGGUUAAUUCAGGUUCCACUGAAGGUGAAGAAUAUUCCUGAGCUAAAAGAAUAUUUUGGUGAGCUAGACUUGAACACAGGUCAGCUGGAUAUUGAUGAUUCUGCAAAUGUGCCCCCAGAACUCUUUGAAAAUGAGCAUUUUUGUAUUGGUCAAAAAGUUCUGCUAGGGCAGGAUAGUGCAGCAGCUCAACAGUAUGUCCGCCAAGGAUGUCCAACUUCUCUACGAGCUGAAUUGUGGGCACUGAUUUUGAAUAUUUCUAGUCAACCUGAGGAUAUUUUGUACUAUGAGCAGCUGAAGUCUAAUGUGAUACAACAUGAUCUUUUGGUGGACAGUCUGAUUUAUAAAGAUGUGAAGCUGACAGCCAGCAAUGAUGACUACUAUUUUGUGUUUGAGGAUUAUUUAUAUCAGGUAUUACUUUGUUUUUCUCGGGACACUUCAGUAUUGGAGCACUUUGAAUACAAUAGUGCUACGCCACCAAAGUCAUACAUUCGAGGGAAACUUGGCUUGGAAGAAUAUGCUGUCUUUUAUCCACCAAAUGGUGUAAUCCCUUUCCAUGGCUUUUCAAUGUAUGUUGCUCCACUUUGUUUUCUGUACAAUGAACCUUCCAAGUUAUACCAAAUAUUUCGUGAAAUAUACAUUCGUUAUUUCUUCAGACUUCAUUCUAUCUCUUCUCAUCCUUCUGGCAUUGUAUCAUUAUGUUUACUGUUUGAGACCCUUCUUCAGACUCAUCUACCACAGCUAUUUUAUCAUCUUAGAGAGAUUGGAGCACAACCUCUCAGAAUAUCAUUUAAAUGGAUGGUACGGGCAUUCUCUGGUUAUCUAGCAACAGAUCAGCUUCUUCUUUUGUGGGACAGAAUUCUGGGAUAUAACUCUUUGGAAAUUCUUGCUGUCCUGGCAGCUGCUGUGUUUGCUUUCCGAGCAGUCAAUCUAAUGGAGGUGACAUCACUGGCUGCAGCUGAAGCUGUACUUGCUGAUCUUUCUACUCUGAAAGUUAUGCCUCUCCUUCAAAUUUUUCUUUUUGCUACUGGCACUUGAUCCUUCUCAGAACUGCUGGGCUGCAUUGCAAGACUUCCAUGAGAUGCUAAUGAUAAACUAUGCAACACUUUCAUUCAACAGAACUCAGCCAUCAGUGACCACAUUUUUGCAAAAAAAUAAAUCUGCACUUCUCACCUGGAAAUCCUGCGUUUCUGUACCAUUUCUGCAUGCGGAUGAACUUUAUCCAAACCACAACAUCUGGAUAUCAUACUGUACUAGCAAACAGUUGCCUAUUGUAUUAAGUAAUAUCACCCAAAUGCAUGUAUUAUCUAGUGCAACAAGAAGGCAAGAAUAUAUCACAAUUCUAGAUCUCAGUACUGCUUUUCUGCUGGUAUAAAACUGGAGAGCAUGUCUUCGGUAAUUAUAAUAUGUUAUCCAAUCAUACCAUCCAUCUUUCAUCUUGUAAGUCCUGCAAUACUUGAAAAAUAGUAUUUAACUUUAAAGUAUUUGAAAGCCUACUAACCAUUCCUGUGAAGAGUCAUUCAUAGCAAUACCUCUUUGCAUCCUUUCUGUAUCAUUUCCUAUGGGAGGAGCUUCUUGUUUUAUUGUUCAUGGCAGGAGGCUGACUUUUUCGAGAAUGGAAGAUGGGAUGAUUAAGGCGUACUUUUUUGUAUUUGACACGCCUUGCAUUAAUCGGUUCUGGAGAUUUCUGAAACACUACAGAAUCUGUGAAAUGUAUCUAUGUUAAAGAUGACAGUAGAAUGACUAGUAACAAUUUCUUGCCAUAGUUCCCUGAAAGAAAUUCUCUCCCUUUUAGUCUUCAGCUAUUUAUUUUGAUACUUUCUCCUAAAUUCAUUCUGAUCGUGCUUUAAAAACCUUAAUAUUAAAGACAAAUGUGCUUGG